AUGACUAUUGCUGCAUAUGCGUAUGAAACAAAUGAAGCAAGAAGAGCACAUGAACUAGUAAACGAAAACUCAACUUUAACCAUUGAAGGCAAUGAUUUAGUCAUUGACGAUGGAAAAACUAAAAAAGUCAUUGAUUUCGAUACUUUUAACACUUAUGACCCAUUCAUUACAACAAGCAAGGUUCCCAUCAUAAAUGAUGGAACGGUGCAAUAUAUAAAUUCUACAGUAGAUGCCUCAUUAGUGAAAGUAUUAAAUGUUCUCAUUGAAUUGUUAAAGAGCUUUCGAUUUGACGACAACAUUAAAUGCCUAAAGAAUUUAGUCAUGAAUGAGAAACAAAUUCUCGGCGUUGCUGGUAACAGUAAUGAUGUACACCUUAUGACAUUAGAAUAUUAUAACGAACAUAAAGAUGAACUGAAAGGAGAGAAGGGUGACACCGGACCUCAAUGA